GGUUGUUUUCGAUCAAGGAGUCGGUGCGAUCAGGGGCCUCCACCUGCCGCUCGCGCCUUCGCUGUCCCUAGAACAGGAGCAUGCCCCAAUGGCCACUCGGGGGGGGGGCCGUCAGCCUCCCGCGAUGGCCGUCGCUGUGCGCCAGGAAGCCGUCGUGUGCGACGUCGGCCUCGGUGGCCUUCAAGUAGCCCCGGCCCAGGAGAGUCCCGCUCGACAUCGGCGCCAGAGCAAACCACCGGCAAUCUCCCUGCGCCGUCAGCGCCAGGGGGUGAGGUGCUCCGGCGCCGCCCACCAAGGCUCUUGCCCUUCGCAUUGCUCGCGCAGGUGAAGGUGGCCAUCACGCGCUCCGUCGCAUUCAUCUCGUCGGAGCCGAAUGCCAGGAGGACCUGCUCCUAGAGGUAGCCGGUCAGGUUGACGCCGCUAAUGAACCGGGCAGCCCCUGAGUCCACGAUCGCGUGCCCCACCAGGUCCUCCAUAGUGUGCUGCGUGGGCAUCGAGUUCACGGGCUCCAUCUCUCCGUCGGGGCCGUCCCAAUGCGCCGCGCAAGUCACCGGCGAGGUCGGCUCGCUCGUCCAGCUCUUCGAUCACCGCGCCCGCCGAGCUCAUCUGCGUGCCGCCCUUUGUGCUUGCGGGGGCACUCCGCCGUCUCGUGGGGCCCGCGGCAGAUCAGGCACCUCGGCGGUCUGGGCGACCGGGGCGCUGGAGGCGGCGGGGCAGAGGCGCUGCCGCGGCCCUGGGCCGGUCUGGCACGGCCCGCACCCUCCCUGGGCACCCUCGGAGGCCCUCGCGGGCCGCGGGGCCCGCCAGCGGAGCGCCACCCCGCUGCACCCCGACCUCCAGGAGGGAGAGCGGCCAGACCCACCACGGGGUAGGGCCACGGGCCUUGUGCACAUCAUUCAGGAUCUUGAGAACCUCCGACCACGUGCGGUGAGCUGCGGAAGCCCGACCCUGUGACUUGGCCACGUACUCCUCCAACGCCAGCACGUCGUCCUCCUCGUACGGCUCCUCGUAGCCCCCCUCGUCCUCGAGGGCGCCGAUGGUGGACUGAUCGAACUCCUCGUCUACGUCCUGGAGAUGGACUCGAACAUGUGGUGGCCGCCCUUGAAGAGCCUGCCCCCGCUGAUGGAAACGGUCUCGUGCCAACAGGUCCUGGUCGGUCCAGGUGCUCUUCGGCAACUUCGUCACCUUCGCCCUGGACCACUCUCCGUUGAUGGCCGUGCUGAGUGAAGCUCGUUCUGUGGCCAACACUCCUGCGCUCCUCCACAACAGCACGCCUCGAAUUUGGUUUGGAAGAAUCUCCCUGAGGUCGGGCACUAUGGUCCGAUAGGCCUGCAACAGCUCGUAGUAGAUGUCCUCCUCCGUCUCGAUCUACCGGGACAUGGUCUAACCGUGCUUUCUCAUGACUGCCGUCCGCCCAGCUUCGCCGUAGAAGUACUUUUCGAUUCUGCCACCCACGUCAGCUAUCACCUCGGUGCCGCACGACCGUCGAAAAGGCUUCGAUGAGAUUCUCCGCGCCCUCGUAGCUGGCAACAUAUUCGGAACGGACGGCUUGGCCUGUCUCGUCAACGGCGUCGGAUCUGUUCAGUCUCAUGGCAGCUUCCUCUGCGCCGACUGUGGUGGCAGCGCGCGAAUGGAUCUCGGUCCGAUCAGGUGCCGCUGCUCAUCCUUGGCUCCCAAGACCAAGAGCUCCACGUCUCGCGCAUAGGUCUCGAGUGACUCCACGCGUCCGUCCCGGACUGAAGCCUUGUCCGAGUGACUGCUGUCCUCCAUCGCGCGGAAUCCUUGAGGGGUCUGACGCUCCGCUACCAAUCCUAAUCGACGUGUGUUUCGUUGCCGGUGGGAACUCUUGGGAACUCUCCUUUCCCAACGGCCACAACUCGAUACACAAAUGGCUCGGGACGAGCAAACACA